AUGGCAGCCCAGUCUUUCGGCAGCAGGAAUGUGAUGGGUGCAGGCGGCAGCACGCUCUCGGUUGACGCGGGCUACACCGUUGCCGACGGCAAUAACGGCGGCAACUACAACGUCACCACGACAACUGCAGCCGGCACCAUCAACAAGGCCAGUCUGACGCUUGCAGCUGUGACCGACACCAAAACCUACGAUGCCACCACGGCCUCCGGCGCGUCAGUCAUGGCCACAGGGCUCCUGGGCAGCGACAGCGUAACGGCCGAUCAGUCCUUCGCCAGCAAAAACGUGAUGGGCAGCAACGGCAGCACGCUCUCGGUGGAUACGGGCUACACCGUCGCCGACGGCAACAGCGGCGGCAACUACAACGUCACCACGACAACUGCAGCCGGCACCAUCAACAAGGCCAGCCUGACGCUUGCCGCCGUCACCGACACCAAGACCUACGACGCCACCACGGCAUCGUCAGCUGCCGUCAGCAAGACCGGCCUGGUGGGCGGCGACACCGUGACCGCAGCGCAAUCCUUUGGCAGCAAGAACGUUCUGGGCGCUGGUGGCAGCACGAUUUCAGUUGACGCCGGUUACACGGUCGCUGACGGCAACGGCGGCGGCAACUACAACGUCACCACAACAACUGCCGCCGGCACCAUCAACAAGGCCAGCCUGACGCUUGCCGCCGUCACUGACACCAAAACCUACGACGCCACCACGGCAUCGACGGCCGCCGUCAGCCAGAGCGGGCUGUUGGGCAGCGACAGCAUCACCGGCCUGAGCCAGUCCUUUGCCAGCAAGAACGUUAUGGGCACUGGUGGCAGCACGCUUUCAGUCGACACAGGUUACACCGUCAACGACGGCAACAGCGGCAACAACUACGUCGUCACCAGCAGCGGCACCGCAUUCGGCACCAUCAACAAGGCCAGCCUGACGCUGGCCGCCGUGACCGACACCAAAACCUAUGACGGCACUGUGGCCUCCAGCGGCGUCGUGGGCAAUAGCGGUCUGGUGGGCGGCGACACCGUCACUGCAGCGCAAUCCUUCGGCAGCAAGAAUGUCAUGGGCAGCAAUGGCAGCACGCUGUCUGUGGCCAGCUAUAGCCUGAAUGACGGCAACGGCGGCGGCAACUACAACGUGACGACGACAACUGCAGCAGGCACCAUCAACAAGGCCACGCUGAACAUUACCGCCACGCCGGAUGACAAGGUUUAUGACGGCACCACGCUGGCAACGGCCAGCUAUAGCGACAACCGCAUCGCAGGCGAUGUGCUGAGCUAUGCGGCGACUGCCAGCUUUGCCAGCAAAAACGUCGGCAACGGCAUUGCCGUGACGGUGGGCGGCAUCACCACCAGUGGUGCCGAUGCGGGCAACUACACGGUGGGCUCAACGACUGUCGGCAACACGGCUGACAUCACACCGAAGACCCUCACUGUGACUGCCAACGACGACAGCAAAAUGACCGGCACGCCCUACAGCGGCGGCAACGGCGUGAGCUACAGCGGCAUCGUGGCUGGUGAAACUGUGGCGGGCGUACUGACCGGAAGCCUGGCUUACAGUGGCAACUCGCAGGGGGCCAACACGCCUGGCGAGUACGACAUCACGCCUGGCGGCCUCACCGCCAACAGCAACUACCGAGAAACACUUCUGGGCCGCCUAUACAACCACUUCGUAAGGUUUGCCGACAAGACGGUGAAGUUCGCCGUCAAGCUCGAUACGGACUGGGACAAAGACGAAAGCAAGUCUGCCGGCGCUACGCUUGCGAGGCUGCUGGCGGCGCCAGAAUCUUCAGAUCCACUUGUGUCGCUGACCCAGACAGAAGCCGGCGAUGAGGUGGUGACGGCAUUGCUGCAAAGCUAUUCACAGGCAACUGCCUAUGUGAUCCUGUUAAGGCGCUUUCACUGGCAGGCUCAGGAUUUGGCCGCACAUCUGAAGUUGGCGGUGGAGUCCUUACGAAGACGCUUCCGUAAUGCAGCCCUUACGGUACGAUGCCAGCCCUCGAUAUUCGACGGGGUAUGUCAUCUUGAUCCCGAGUUCAUUACGGGCAUUCGCAUUAGUAAAAGCGGUGCGCAAGCGGUGCAUUUAGAAGGCGACCAGAAGGCUUGGAGCUUCUAG